UAUAAAAAUACAUAAUAUAUAUUUCUCUCUGUCUUCCCUUUAAUACUACUACCAUUCCCCCAAAAAUCGAUAGGCAACAUGGCAAAUAAAGGCUUACGGGUGCGAUCAUUUCAAUCCGGGGAUUACGAUAUCAUAAAAAAAUACUUUUCUUCUUGCUUGUUAGAGCCGGCUCCAUCAGCGUUUUUACACGUAUUGAAUCAUCCAAUUCCAUGGACAAUUUGGGGAACUGGUGUUGCAUUCGUUGCAGGCGGAUUGACCCUCUUCACAAAGCAACAUCCGCCACCAACGAAAUAUAUUGUGGCCGCAACCUCGAUCUGGUCCGCAGCAGUUGUGACCUGGCUUCAUAGAAUAUCCAUGGGUGCCUACUACAACUACACUCAAUGGUCACUCACCCAAGAUAUGGGACACAUCCCAGAAUACUAUCAAUUGGAGCCAAUUGACGAAUCAAACAAAAACAAUAUUAUAUACGCACCUAAAGGAGAGAAGAAUUUUUUCGUUUGCGAAGACAGCACUGGUGCUAUCGCUGGAUUCGUUGCAUUAGACUAUCACCCUGAACGACCCAAGCGUACUGGAGAGCUUCGAAGAAUGAUUGUUUCGCCUACCCAUCGUCGACGAGGUGUCGCUGAAUUCCUAAUCCAGGCAUUGAUUAAACAUGCCAAAAAGAAUGACCUUCAAGUCAUUGAAUUAGGAACCAGCGAUGUCCAGUAUGGAGCCAAAAAGUUGUAUCAAAAAUUAGGAUGGAAAGAACAUCAUAGAGUAUUCGACGAAAUUUAUUUUAUAGAUGUUAUCAAAUACGAGUUGAACUUGGAAAACGCUAUGCAAGUAUCACCAGCAAGCUGAAGGUUGAAUCAGCGUGCCAAUACCCAGUAGAACUUUAAAAAAUAAAAACUAUUUCAUCAAGACUGCUUUUUUUUGAGCUUGUUUUGAUAUUGAAAAGGCG